GUCCUUUAGGUAGAACCUGAACCUGUUCAUCCUGAAGGCUCCUAUCUGAAAAGAAGACAGUAAUACACAAAGAUGAAUUAUUCUUUCCUCUCUGUUAUGACUCAUACGUGGUUCCAGGUCAUGCAGAGUGAAGGAAUGAAUUUCCUCCUCAUCCCUGCUGUUCUCCUCACUACUGUCACUCUGGUGAUAAACCCAUUACUCCUCUUCUGCAUCUUCUACAAUCCAUCUCUCCGACAGGAAACGCGCUACCUCCUCCUGGCCAAUACACUGCUAUCGGACAUCCUCUUCCUCAUCUUCAACCUCACCAACGUCUCCUAUAAUGUGCUGGACAUGGAACUGCACUACAUAUUCUGUGAGUUCUUAAUGGUUGCCACUGUCACUACAUACUGCUCCUCUGUGUUAACUGUCACACUGAUGGUCAUUGACACGUUUAUGGCCGUGCGUUGGCCACUGCGCUACAAUGAAAUCCUGCCUCUGUCACGAGUAAAGAAGAUAGUCGGGUUGGUGUGGGCCAUAGCCGCGUCAUAUCCACUCUCACUGCUGGUGGUGAUGGCGGUCAAAAAACAGGGCAACCCAGAGAACCUGAAGAUGUGUCUGGUGCUGCUCACUCUAGUGUCCCUGGAAAAAGACAUUAAAGUCAGCCUGCAUAUCUACUUCAGCGUGUGGGUGAUUUUCUGCACUAUGCUGAUCCUCUACUGCUACAUCCGUCUCUACAUGGUCACCAGGAGCUCUGGGAUAUGGUGCAAUCGCUACUCACGAGCCCGGCUGACUCUGCUAGCACACACUGUGAUGUUGCUAAUAUACUUCAUACCCGGUUUGGUGUUUACAGUGGAGCUUAUGCUGUUUGAUUUGUUAUUUAAGCAUCUGCCCUUGGCUGUGUGGAUCAAUACAGCGAAUCUAGCUGUGCUGAUGGUUGUGCCAUGUGCUUGCACCCCCUACCUUUAUGGCUUGCGUUACCGGGAGGUCUAUGAGACGGUUCAGCUGGUGCUGUGGAAAAGAUGGCUCAGCCAGAACACAAACACUUCACCAACACCAACAGGCCAAAUAUGAAUGGAAUCUAGCAGGGUGCAAAACAAUACAGUGGGAUUCUUGCCUUGCUAAUUUCUACUGUUAUAUAAAGAAAUCUAUCCAAAAAUGAUCUAUGAUUGCUCAUGAUUCGUAACAGACUGUUUGUGUGAAAGGUUUACACCUUUCAUUAAUUAGCAUGUGUGAGGAAAGUGACUCUUUUUUCUCAUCAUGGUAGCACCUCCCCGUUGUUAAGAACUGCUGCUUUAAAUAUAAAGACUGUCCUGUGCUCAUCCCAGGGCUCUUAUUCAAAAUAUACUCAUACCGAACAUCCUUUCAGCACACUUUAUCCUGUUUCACUUUUUAAUAUACAGUUGUAGAAGAGUAAUGAUUUAUAAAACCCACUAUUAGGUGUCACCCAGGAUGGGUUCCCUUUUGAGUCUGGUUCCUCUCAAGGGUUCUUCCUCAUGUUGUCUCAGGGAGUUUUUCCUUGCUCCUAUUGCCACUGGCUUGCUCAUUAGGGAUCUAAAUCUAUAGCUGGAUUUCUGUAAAGCUACUUCGUGACAAUCUCUAAAUCAUGUCAACGCUGGAAACAGGUAUGGCCGCCACGGAUUACAACACCCAACAGCCACAGAAACCGUCACGUUCACGUUCACGUUCACGAGCUUACUGAUCAGACAAACCUGAACUCAUUCACUAAUCACAGCAUGCAAGGACUACACGCCAUGUAAGGACUCUCACACCAACCAGUCAUUGCAGAGUAUACGCUCUGUCGUUACCAAGCCUUUUAUUCAGUCAUAAUCUCUUCUGGUUUUGAUCUCGUUUCUGGUUUUCAUGUUUUUGCUCAUUGUCUAGCCUUGUUUAUGCUGAUCGUACAUCUCCUGACCUUUGGUUUUGGAUCUGUCUGCAAGCAUGAGAAAUAAA